GGGCAUUAUAAUUAUUCAAGGUUUGUACAAUGUCAUGUCGUCGUGCUUACUCCUAGAAUAACUUUCUGGUGUCAUUUUGUUUAUUUGAUUUCUCUCCAACUGGUCAAACACAACAUUUUCCAGAGUUUUUUUAUGGAGCUUUCCCCAUGAAUAAUCACUCACUUACUCACUACCAUGUCAUUUUCAUUUCUCAGAUUUUCUUAGAAAGUAGCGGUACGAGAAAACAGCUGAGAAUGAAGAAGGCGGACAGAAAAACCAUAAAGAGGAACAUCGUGACCCUCUCAAGGGACAUUGACUUUUUGAGCGUGACCCAGGAACUUCUUGCCCAAGGCAUCUUUGAAAAUCAUCACAUAGAGAAGUUUAAUUCGAAGCCCAGCAAGAGGGAGAAGAACAUGGCGCUCUUAAUGGACAUAGAGACGAGGGGUCCCAGGGCCUUCACUAGCCUAGUAGAUGCCCUGAUGAAGGCCAACCAAAAACAUUUAGCAAAGUUGCUAGGAUACUCGGCGUCUGGACCUUCACAGGGCCAGAUGGGCCAGGCCCAGGCUACGACACCUCAUGACAAUAGACCGGGUCCGUUUGGUCAACCUACCAAGCCAGUGCCACCGGUGCCUGCCAGUGAUGGCUAUGGUGACUGCAGCUCAACUCUGGUGGAUGCCUUAGGCUCGUAUCCACAAGCUAUGAUGGAAAGUGAUCUUGUCUACAAAAUGACAUCGGAUCCCAGAGGAAUAGCAGUUAUCAUAAACAUCAAAAACUUCUACAAUAACCCGGAUUUGGAGGAGAGGACGGGAACAGACAUAGACUGUCUCAACUUAAAAUAUAUGUUUGAGGAGCUCAAGUUUGAGGUUUCCGUACAUAAGAAUUGUACAGCCGCAGAAAUUGAGGAAAUCAUUGAACAGCAGAGGAAAGACAACCACUCCAGGUAUGACUGCUUCAUUAUAGCCAUCCUUAGCCAUGGGGAGAAGGGGGACGCUAUUUAUGGCACGGACAGCAAUCUAGUGACCUUACAGUACAUUAUGGAUCAGUUUGGUUCUGAUCGAUGCCCGACUUUGAGUGGAAAGCCCAAGCUCUUCUUCGUACAAGCAUGUCGAGGAGAGAAACAAGAUAAAGGAGUACCGGUCCUUGCAGCAAAUGGGGCUGAAACAUUCCAAGAAGCUGCUGGUGAUAAUUGUCCUCUGAUGGAUGAUGAAAAUCUAGCCCAGAUGGAGGAAGAUUCCGCUGAUAAUCCUGCAUCCAACCGUAAAAAGAUGCCCUGUCAGAGCGACAUGCUUCUUUCAUAUUCAACUGUGCCAGGAUACAAAUCAUGGAGAAAUAGAAAAAGAGGAAGCUGGUACAUUCAAGCUUUGACAGAAAUCAUCAACCAAAACGGCAGAGAAGAGAAUCUUCUCUCUAUGCUGACUAAGAUCAACGACAGAGUAGCACAGGAUUUUACGACUCGUUGCGUGAAUCAUUAUAAGCAGAUUCCAGCCUUCACCUCAGCACUUAGAAAGGAGUUCAAGUUCUUCCCAGAGCAAUAA